AAAAUGAUAUCAUAUCAUAUUUGUAUACAGUGACAUUAUCAAUGCUGUUUUAAUAUUAUAUUAGUUUAUUUCUAUCAUUUUGAUUAGUUACCAAAUAGAUUUAUCAGACAGGGGUCCACACAGUUGACACAAUAAUCUACCUGUGAUAGAAUAGCAAAGCGCUACUAUACAACUAGACGAGUCUCUCUAUAUAGUCUUACUCCAAACUAAAUUACUUACAUUUUAAAUCAUAAGUGUAUGAGUUUAAAGGGGCUAGGUAAGUCAAAGAGAGGGACAUAUUUAAUUCGUGUUUCUAAGGCGUUUUCAAAACAAAGGAAUAAUAGUAGUAAUUGCUUCGUCAAUAUAAUGGAUUGGAUGAAAAGAAGCACCCAAAGCAGUUUAGGGAACCAUAAUGCAAGAAAAUGAUGUGGUAGCCCAGAGAGAGCCUUAACUGGAUCACAGAAUUAGUGCUAGAACAGCAGCAAAGAAAAGUAGUCCCCAGAAUAUUGCAACUACUUCAGGGAUUACUUUCACCGAGAGCAUCCAGUCAUCCACUCCUAAUUCAACCACAAAAGUGUCAACGGCGCUCCUUCACUUCGGGAAUAUAGCAGAACUGAGUAUAACAGAAAAUGACAAAUACGAGCUCGUACACAUCGGUAACCUGUAACACCCCGGAUUAUAAUUUAGGAAUCCAAGUGGACAUAGACACUACAAUACUUAUAACAAAGUUAAAUAUUCUUUCCAUUAAUUCAAUUGCGAUUUAGACACAAAAUAAAGGAAGUGACGACACUAUUAAUAAAAACUAAACGCUGCGAGUAAAAAACAUGGCACUGCAUUUUAUCCAAUACACCAAGAAAUGAUUAAAACUACGAUGCCUUCAGAUGAAUAAAUCAAAAAAUGACAAAAUUUAGGGAUCCAGUAGGACGUUAUACCAUGUUUAAUCGACGUAUUGUAGAAAUAGGCGUUGAAACAAUAAACUCCCAGUAAUAACUAACAGAGGGCUAAUCCGACAGCAAACAGUUCUAAAAGCUGGUGUAUAUAGAGACGGACUGGGUGUAAUAAGGAUUGGCACACGAUCGACUAAAUUGACAAUGUCUGAGGUAAAAAUGAAUGGAUGGACAAAAGAUCGUCUGCUGGAAGACGCCGCCAUUACAGAAGCAGACGACAUUGAUGAAGACGAUAUAUCAGAGGAUGAAGAAAUGUACGAACAAAUGAGAAUGUUUACUCCACAAAUUCCAGAUAUAACAAAUAAACUAUUGAAUUUUGUAGAAAAUAUAAACGGAGAUAUCAAAAAAUAUUUUGGUCGAAAGAAAAAUGACCCAGAUUCCUGUGACGUUUAUCAAGAUAAAUGGACUUCCGGAAAAUCUGGACGUGAAAUGUAUUACGCUGAUUUACUUCGCAUCGCUCAAGGGGACAACGGAAAGGAACGAAAAUCUCCGAAAACAUCAAAGUCAUCAACAUCUUCGUAUGAUUCUGACUUUGAUAUAAAACAUAAUGAUAGAAAGAGUAAAGGAAACAAUAGUUCAGACCUUGGGCCAUUAACAGAACUUUUUGAAAUCGGAACUAGACCAUUUACUCAUUUAUCAAAUAAAAAUAAAAUGAAACGACCUGCAGUUGUUGCUAUAGACAAUAUACCCAUGAAACAGAGGAAGUUACCAGAAUCGUUUUGGAAAGAGCACGUUGAGUAUAUUUAUCAGAAAGAUGCUAACUCGAAUGUACAUCAUCAGAAACCAAUAGCGGAGAAAGUUAAACUUCAACAACAAGAUAACGCAGCAACCAAGCAUAAAGACAUCGGAUACAAAAAGACAAAUGGUAUGCUACCGUCACCCGAAACCCCGGAUUUUAGUGACUUGUUGGAUAUAUGGACGGGUCCAGGUACAGCUCUAAGUGGGUGAUGAAAACAUUCAUUACUUCAAAUAUUUACUCAAGAAUCAAGACUCUAUGAAAAUAUGAAUAUUAAGAUUUUACAAAACUUGAUACAGUGAUACUGAGUUUUUUAAAUAUCCUCAUGAGCUUAUCAAACAUGAUGUUCUAAAAUGUUUCCGGACCAAGCAUCAGUUUAUUUGAUUUAAAUCAGCUCAUCAUUCUAACCCCAUGUGUAACCACUCCAAAAUAAUUAAUUAGGAAUUUAUCGAAUUGAUUUGAGAUAAUUCAAACAAUAUUCAAAGCGUUUUAAAGUGCAUAAUAGCAAAUGUCAUUUUAUAGUCUCGUAGCUACCGACUUCUAUCUAUAUGAUCUAUACUACCGCACUAAAGAUAACUUUCAUCUAACGAAAAUAAACGUUUAUUGAUGAGAGCAGGAGUAGGCCUAACUGUAUCCUGUGGACAAAUGUCAUUUAGAUUACUUUUAUCUCGUCUGUUAGUUUGUUUUACUCAUUGUGAAUCCAUAUGUUUAUAAUAAAUCAAUCAGAUUGUGUGAUAUUGUUGAUAUGUAGGUAAAUAAAUUAUAUAAAUACAAUUGCGAUUUUAAAUGAAAUAUGUAUCAAUUGUAAUUGUUGUGCCA